GGGCAGCAUACAAAUGUUUUAAAUAAAUGAAUAAAUAAAUAUUAUUAGCUUUCAUUGUGAAAAUACGAAGCAUAGCUAUACACACUUAAAAUCAACUUACUAGGAUAUUCUGCAUCCUCAAACAGGUGAAUGGCUACAGAUUUAUAUGAAGAAUGAAAUUUGUAUGCCCUUUGGCACAGAACUAUGUUCUCUCAUUGUGACAAAUAUAUCAAAGUCUCCCUUCGGUAGCACCAUCAAUUUUUAAACCUUCAUUCUCAGACAUCUGAAAUCACAGUGGAUUGCACCCGGUCUCAUGGCAGUAUAACUCCAUGUGUAAAACGUUCUUCUGUUAAUUGAGACUUCUGAAGUCACCGUAGCCAUUCCAAUAUUUGCACUCCGACUUGAAAUAUAGUUGGAUGUGAUGGAAGGCCACUCCAGCUACCAUGAUGCGGAACAGUCGCAACCCUUCGUAAGUAAUACAGCAGCAGAAAUGCUGAAUGAGGCUGCGCGGAACGGCUCGAUCGAGACCAUCCGGCAGCUGCUGGAUGAAGGGACAGAUAUCAAUUCAAAGGUGAAUUCUGGCUGGACAGCCCUCCAUAGCGCUGUGAAGAGAAACCGGGAGGACAUUGUCCGACUUCUACUUGAUAGAGGAGCCGAUCCACAUGCUAGGCUGUUGAAUGGGACCACCCCUUUUGUUAUAGCAGGGGAGCGGGGGAACGUGAACCUUCUCCAACUUCUUCUUGAUAAAGGGUCUGACGUAAAUGAGCACGAUUCAAAUGGCUUCACUGCCUUCCUAGAGGCUGCUUGGUACAGGAAUCUGCCUGCUGUGAGAUUUUUGCACGAGAAAGGGGCCGAUGUGAACUUCUGCAGAGUAGUCAAUGAGGAGAAAAGGAAAUUUGGCAAAGGAGGCCAGACAGCCCUGAUGUACGCGGCUAGGAAUGGAGAUGACACGAUGGUCAAAGCCCUGCUUGAUGAGAUGGGUGCUGCCUUGAACAUCUGUGACAACCGAGGCAGGAAUGCCUUCGUCCAUGUUUUCAUGGAUCGCAAGGAUUGGCCUUGGGGGGAAGAGAAGGAGAAACUAGCCCUUUUCCUUUUAAACAGAGGGGCAGAUGUGACAGGCAAAAAUGAAUAUGGGAAGACCACCCUAAUCCUCGCAGUGGAAAGGCGGAGCCCAGUCCUGGUGCGGGCCAUCCUGGAAAAAGGCGAUGUUGACAUCAACGCCAAAGACAACCGGCAGAAAACCGCACUGAAGGCAGCCGUGCUGCGGAACAACCGUGAGAUAGCCAGACUGCUUUGCGAGAAUGGCGCAGCCAUUGAAAACAACCUGGAGAUUGCGCAGAAGCACUUCUUUGAUGGAAUGAUGGCCCUGCUUCGGCAGUUUGGUGCCACGCCUUGUCUCAGCCCUCCCCAGAAGACAUAUGCCUCCGUCAGUAAGCGGUGGGGAUGCAAGCUGCAGGAUCUCUGCAGAUGGAGAGGUAUGCCGCUUGGAAAACUUUCCAAGUUCUGCUUGGAAGCCUCUUACAAGAUCCGAGGAACUUCGGAAAGGGGAGGGGUCUACCUGGGAAUCUAUGAUGAGACUGAGGUGGCUGUGAAGGUGUUCCCAAUCGAUGCAGAAAAUGCUAAGCAAGAGAAAGCCUGCUUUGAGAAGUGUCGAACCAGCAACCAUUUGGUGAAGCUUUAUGGGUGGGAAGAAUGGAAGGCCUGUCUCUAUUUGUGCCUUGCUCUGUGCGAGAUGAACCUUGAGGAAUAUUUUGAGACGGAGGAGAAAGGACCCCUGAAGAGCCAAGAGAUUCUUAAAACAAUAUUCCAAGCAGUGGAGGAACUUCAUGGAUUUGGGUUUGGCCAUCAGGAUCUGCACCCAAGUAACAUUUUGAUAGAUAUUGCUGGCAAAGUUUUCCUGGCAGACUUUGAUAAAAGCACCAAGUUAGGUGGCAACAAUGAUGAGAAAGACGCGAUAAUCAAAGAAGACCUGAAGGCUCUCGAAAAGCUGAUUGUGUAUGUGGCGAUGAGGGGCAGGGUCUCUUUUGAAGACUUACCCUCACAGUGCCCGGCUGAUGUUGAGGAUCAGCUGGAAAUAGAAGACCUGAGAGCAAGUCUGAGCAACCUUGACGAAAGGAUCCCGGUCAGCAAACACCUGCGAUUCCUGCUCUCCCAUCCUUAUUUUUGGAGCAAGCAGACGAAGUACAAGUUCCUAAGAGAUGUUGGGAAUGAGAGUGAUAUUAAGACACGGGGCACUAAGCACCACAAUGAUCAGAGUGAACUUUUGAAGGCCUUGAACCGGGAGGACGAUCCAUUCAAGGACUGGACUGAAAAGAUACAUAAAGAAGUUCUGGAAUGCAUGGCUGACCCUUUUAGUGAGCGGGACAAGAAAAAGAAAAAUAGACCCAAGAAAAAUUAUGAAAACUGUGUGACGGAUUUGCUGAAGCUGAUCAGGCACAUUGGCGAGCACUUCAAAGAAAAGGGGGACGAGGUGAAAGAAAUCAUCAAAGACCCUGCAGACUACUUCCUGGAUCACUUUCCAAAUUUAACCAUUUAUGUCUAUCGAAAUUUGUAUGAUACACAGUAUAGUAAACAUUUUCCUCACACAGAGAACUAUUCUCACUUUUGAAGGCAAUCGGCAAAAGCCGAUUGCUUUAGUUUUUCUCCAUCAUAUUGAGAAACAAGCUGAAAUAAAAUAGCAUUUCAGCAGGCACAAUACAAAGGGAUAGAAAAAACCCUUCGUCUCACAGAAACAAGCUUUUAUUUUCUAUGCUUUUGCUGUUGGAUCUGCAGGUUUGGGGAGAGUUAAGGACCUCGGCUAGCUUGCCAUGGAUGCCUUCUCUCACCAGCCACAAACCAAAGCGAUGGUGCUGUUAAGGUAAUCUCUGCAUUUGAUGUUCUGGAGAGAGAAAACAAAUACAUUCCAAUAUGUGCAAAUUUGAUGAAUGGUAAGUAAGAGGAGGGGAAAUCGACACAGGUAACAUUGACAUAAUAGUUGGAUAUGGGCUGCUGCGUUUUGGUCAAAGUUCUGGUUUGUUACUUCUUGGAGGCAAUCUUUGUAUUCUUUGCUGUUUCGUCUUUCUAAUGGAUUUCUGAGCAGUUGAUUGACUUUGUAUCGUUUUUUGGUACAACCAACAGUAAAGUUGGUGAGAAUGUAUUUGUACACGUUGGCUGAGUGACUAAGGAAUGAUGCUUCUAGAGAACUCUUUUGUUGGGUAAUCGCCCUGCUUCAUUUACAGAAUGGAUCCGUGUAGCCUGUUGCAGAAAGCCAACCCUCAUGGUCCCAAAUGCUUUACAGAUUGAUCAAGGGGAAGAAGCAGGAGCUUUCAGCCCCUAACCUGUGAACUAAAUCCCAGGAUCUUCUCUAGGUGUGGCCGGGGUCUUGGGAGAUGCUUUGAAAAGCCAGCCUUUCCUUCCUGUUGUAAAAUGUUUGGGAAGAACCACUCAGAUGAACCUGUGCAAUGGUGUCAUUGGACGGGAAUGAUCGUUCAGGAAUGAAUGAGCCCAGACGUGCUUCAGUAUACACACGGGACCAUUGUGGCUACUCCUCUGAGUAAAGGACUAGCAGAAGGAAGAAAAUGCUGCUGAAUGGGGACAACUUCAGGAAUUGCUACUUCCCAAGGGCACUGUUUGGGUCCAACCUUCUGAAUCCCCACACUGAAUUAUACUAUAAAUGGUGUGCGAAUGGUUAAGCAUCACUGUUGAUAACCUCGCUAUUGGUAGCUACUCUGGAUAGUGGUUUUGAAGACCAAACGUCCCCCAAAUGCAUCAUCUAGCUUGCAAUUCAGUCUUAGUUACACAAUGAGUGAACCUUUGGGCCUUAUUGUGGGUUUUGUACAUGCACACCCUGAAAUCCUUGCCCCUUCAUUGGGAGCCCGGAUUUUGUCACACUGAAGGGUUUCCCUGUUUCUGCCUUCAUGAGUUUGUGUCACAGAUUACCAAACAUUACAGGAGAUAAGAUACUUUCAUCUGCCAGCACAAAGAACCUUUCCCGUCUGACCCUGGGAGCCCCGUGGCUUGCUAUUCUCGUAUCCAAGAGCACCAGUACGGACCCGCUGCAGAGUUUUGCCAUCCAGGGUGAAAGAGCCAACACCAUCCUCUUCAUUGUGCCCCAAGAAGGCCCAGCAAGCAGCCAGCUAUGACGCCUUUUUUGGACUGUCUAGAAAUGAUGCCCUGUGCAUGAAAAACGAAAAGGAUCACUAGCAAUUCCACACGGGGAUGUGCAACUCUUUCUAAACUUGUUGCAGCAUUAUGUAUGCAACUGGAUAAGAAAACUGCUGGACCACCAGUGCUAAAGGACUGUGGCUUGUGCAUGACAAAGGCACGGAGUCAUAGUGGUUGUACACAAAUACAUGAACACAUCCUAGGCACAAACACAUGGACAUUGCAACCAACACAAAAUCCAUUCUGGAAUCUGGAGAGUUCAGACUUUUGCUUCUCAAAAUUCAAAAGGAAGCAGCAGCCUCUUCCUUAUUAUUUACAUUGCAUUUAUAAGUGGCCUUUUGCUCUUGUGGGGAACCUAAGGGAUCCUUGCAACAACAACCCUGUGAUGUAGCCCACUCUGAGAGGUUGCGACUGGCCCAAAGUUACCUAAUGAGUGGGGAUGGGGGUUAGCCCUAGCUGCAGAACUGCUGUGAGGAUAAAGCUUGGGGGAUUUGUAUACUGCUCUGGGGUCACUGGAGGAAAAGUGGAUGAAAAUAUUCGUCAGGGAGUGCAACAUUUCCAGUGUUGAUGCCUUGCCUGAUUAUCACUGCAUAUGAUGAGGACUGCUUCAACUUCAUCACACUCUGGGGCCUCACCAUGGCCUGGAAGUCGUAAUAUCUACCCAUAGACUGGAGGAAUUGGCCGCCGUUGAUGUAAGAGACUGUGCAUUUCUAAGGCAAAACAGUUACUCUGGAAGAAGGUGAGCUAAUUUGCAGAAUGGACAUCUAAGCUGUACAUUUAAACCUGCUUGGCUGUCCUCUGAAGACUCCUAAAACUAGCUUUUUGAGAGUCCCAAGUAUCCUUUGCUAGAUGACUCCAGCUCCUCAUAGAUCCAGAGUUUCAAAGGUUCCUUCCUCUGCUUGGAAGCAUGAUAGGUAAAGAGGCAUGAAACCGGUCCACGGUUUCUCAGUCUGCUUUGAGAUUGCGCCACUUAAUUUGGAGAGUACCAUUAAAGAAAGGGGAAAUUCCAUGUUUCUUCUGCAUUGCACCUAUUGAGGGAUUGCCUCACAUUCUUCCACUCUGCCUAGAUGGGCGAUCGUCCGUCACUGGAGAAGUUGGAUUUGCUCGUACAGUGCACCCCCUUUUGUGCUCCACUCUCUGGGACUUUCCGAUCAUGUUUGGAAAGGAGGUGUGAGAACUCAAGGACACUUACCGUUUCUGGGGUGCACAGAGCCCAGUUGAGGACUUCCUGUUGUAGUGGCCUAAGCUUCCAACAGAAGCUGAGAAGGGAAAGAAGAGGCAACAUAGUAAAUCCAAAGCACUCUCCAGAUUAGGCAGUUGACACAACUUUAAUCUCUACAUUCAUUUCCGUCUUCAUCUCCGGCUAGGAUGCUGCCUCCAGGGGUUUGGGCCACAGCUGCUUGGUCUGCUGGAUACCUUGCUCAAGAGUUUACUGGUUGAUGGAAGGAUAAACCAGUCCCAGGGUCAGAAUCAAGUGCCUUGGCUGGAUCUUUCGAGCCGUGUUUGCUUCAGUGCAGACCUCCCCAAACUGGUGUCCUCCAGAUAUGUGGGACUGCAAGUCCUAUCAUUCCCAGUCAGCAUGAUGGAUGUGCUAGUUAGGAAUCGUAGGAGCCACAGUGUGACACAACGGAAGGAAACGGGUCGGAAGGUGGCUGCUCUGUGUGUCUACCUGACCUAUUGCUUGCAGUCCAGGUGAAGUUCAGGGAGGAUUUUGCCAAUCCCUUGGGAAAGCCAAACAGGUGUUGCUCCAGAAGUCUCGGCCUCCCCGGCCAUGGGACUGGUGUCGUUUCCCAGAAUGCUCUGGUCUAUCUGGAUCUCCCUUCUCACCACCCUUCCUUCUUUCCUUCCUUGUCUUCCUUGACCCAACGAUCUGGUUGCCCACCAUGGGCAGAGACUGAACCAAGCCAGCAGAGCUCUGGUUCCCAGCAUUCUCUAGACUGCUACCCAGCCAAUUCCGGAUCAAAUUAGGGGAAAUACAUUCUGGAAGUUCUCACCCUAAUUCCCCAUGAAUGGCUGUAGGUGGAGUAUGAGGACGGUGAUGCCAAUGACUUUGGAAAAGAGUGGCAGGUCCUCAGAUCUCUGGUGGGGGCAUUCAGACAACUAGGACCAACCCAGCUCAGGGUUGCUGUGUCCCCGCAGCAUGAUAACUCACAUUUCUCUCCAGGCAAUUCAUCCACCUCUUCUUUAGGCUGAGGCAGAAAGAGCUGGAUUCCUUUGAGAAUUGUAUACCUGAUGAUUGGAUGAUCUUCUGUUUAAAAAAAUGAAGAGAGAGACAGAGCAAAAUAUAACUUAGCACUCUUCAUCACUGCACGAUUCAGCAUUCUUUGGAGUAUCAAAUCCAGUUAUCCCAACACACAGAAUAUUGUCCAAACAUCCUGGCAUGAAUAAAAGCAGUUUUAAAGCAAGCGUAAUGCCCAACUAGAGACUGUUCUGAUUUAUUCCAGUCUAAAGAUGGCUAGACUUGUUUGGCAACCAUGCAGACCAGCCCAGAAUUAGGCAGGCAAAGGCCACUUCUUCAAAAGUCAGUGUUUUCAGUGAAGUUUCUGCAUAUGUUGCAGUCAUCAUGUGUUGCCACCACAAGGCUGAAGGUUUCUGCUCUGGAAAAAUAUCCAAGACACUGCAUGGAAGGCAAAAGGAGUUCCACUGAGUGUAACAAAACUUUAUCCGUGUAUAUAUUUGCAUUUUUAAAAAGUUGCCUACUCAGAAAAGGCACCAAGGACAUGAAAAGGGGUAAGAUUUAGAAUACAUGGUCACUAUGUUAAGAAGGCUAUUAAUUAUAAUGAAUGUAUAUCUGGAUAACAGCAAGACACGAUUAUUUUUCAGGAUACUUCCUAGGGAAAAAGCUGGUAUUUAUUAUUUAUUUAUUAAAACAUUUCUAUGCUGCCCCAUUCGCCGAAGCCUCGGGGCGGCUCACAACAUAAAAUUAAAAUACAACAAAUAACAAUAUAAAAUACAACAAAUAAUAUAUUAAUUAAAUUAAAAUACAAUUAAAAUACAACAAAUAAUAUAUUUCACACCCUUUAGAAUCCAAGCCUUCUUAAAAAAAAAUAAUCCAGCCUUCAUAAUUGUACUGGGGCAGAGAAUCCGAAAAUAUAUUACUAAGAACUAGAAACAAGAAGCUCAAGGGAAAAGAAGCCCAAACGUUUCUUUAUGUCUCAAGAUUUCCAAACCUUAAAAUCUUCUUCAGGAUUUCUGCUCAAAGGGCCACACCAGAUGAGGAGACCUGAAUGAGCGACACAAGCAGGGCAUCUUUGGUAGUGGCUCCCCAACGGCUGGCUGCCCCUGCCAGAGAGGUUUCCUUGGCACCAUCCUCAGGGCCUUUUCAGCCUCAGCAGCCUUCUUGUUCCUGUUUGCUUUUAAAAUCACGUGUGUAUUCAGCUGGAAAAUUGGUGUUUUAAGCCUGGGGUUGUUUCCAGUUUUAUUUUUCUUGCUGUAUUUUACACUAUCUUGGUUUUAUAUGCUAUAUUUGAUAUUUUAAUGGCUUCAUAUUCCUUGUAAGCUCUAGGUUAUGCAGGGGCAUACAAUGAUCAUAAUAAAUUAAAAUAAAAUAGCAAA